AUCUUUGGAGCAUCCCAAAGAGCAUGUUGGCAGCAGUGGCGCGGCGCAUCGUCUGCCACUACCACACAGGACGCCACCCGGUGCGCUGCAACUGUCUACCUCUCCCGCCCACGCCCUCACAGAAUGUACCGCGCUGCCUCCCUGCUCAGGCUGCCCGCGAGUCGCCGGGUCGCCCAGCACCUGGCGGCGAGGAGCUACGCCAAGGAUGUCAAGUUCGGCUCAGAGGUGCGGGCCAUGAUGCUGCAGGGCGUGGACGUGCUGACUGACGCUGUGGCCGUCACCAUGGGUCCCAAGGGCCGCAAUGUGAUCAUUGAGCAGAGCUGGGGCAGCCCUAAGAUCACCAAGGAUGGUGUCACAGUGGCCAAGGCUGUGGAGCUUAAGGACAAGUUCCAGAACAUUGGUGCCAAGCUGGUGCAGGAUGUGGCCAACAACACCAAUGAGGAGGCUGGCGACGGCACCACCACUGCCACUGUGCUCGCCCGCACCAUUGCCAAGGAAGGUUUUGACAGGAUCAGCAAGGGAGCAAAUCCUAUUGAAAUCAGGCGUGGUGUGAUGCUGGCGGUGGAGGCAAUCAUUGACCACCUCCGCUCCCUGUCCCGCCAAGUGACCACUCCUGCUGAGAUCACCCAGGUGGCAACCAUCUCUGCCAAUGGAGACCAUGAGGUUGGGGAGCUCAUUUCUGCAGCCAUGGAGAAGGUCGGCCGUAAUGGAGUCAUCACCGUCAAGGAUGGCAAGACCCUGAAGGAUGAGCUGGAGGUGAUUGAGGGCAUGAAGUUCGACAGGGGUUACAUCUCCCCAUACUUCAUCAACACAGCCAAGGGUGCCAAGGUGGAGUACCAGGAUGCCUUGGUUCUCCUGUCUGAAAAGAAGAUCUCCUCCAUUCAGUCCAUCAUCCCAGCGCUGGAGAUUGCCAAUGCUCAGAGGAAGCCCCUGCUCAUUAUCGCUGAGGAUGUGGAUGGGGAAGCACUGAGCACACUUGUGGUGAACCGACUCAAGAUUGGCCUGCAGAUUGCUGCUGUCAAGGCCCCGGGCUUCGGCGACAACCGCAAGAACACCAUCCAGGACAUUGCCAUUGCCACCGGUGCCCUUGUUUUCAAUGAUGAGGCCAGCAUGGUGAAGAUUGAGGAUGUGCAGGUACAUGAUCUUGGUAUGGUUGGUGAGGUUCAAAUCACCAAGGACGACACGCUGCUACUGAAGGGCAAGGGGAAGUCGUCUGACAUUGAGAGGAGGAUCAACCAAAUCAGGGAACAGAUUGAGGACAGCAACUCAGAAUAUGAGAAGGAAAAGAUGCAGGAGCGGAUGGCACGGCUGAGCAAUGGAGUGGCUGUGGUGAAGGUGGGCGGCUCCUCUGAGGUGGAAGUCAACGAGAAGAAGGACCGUGUGAAUGAUGCCCUGUGUGCCACGCGUGCUGCCAUUGAGGAGGGCAUUGUGCCUGGCGGUGGCGUGGCCCUGCUGCGCUGCCUCCCUGCCCUGGACAAUGUCAAGCCUGCCAAUGAGGACCAGAAGAUGGGUGUGGACAUCAUCCGCAAGGCCAUCAGGACUCCCUGCCACACCAUCGUCAGCAAUGCUGGCAUUGAUGCUGCCGUCAUCGUAAACAAGGUGGAGGAAGCGACGGGUGACUAUGGAUAUGACGCCGCCAAUGGGACGUUUGUCAACCUUGUGGAGGCUGGAAUCAUUGACCCCACCAAGGUGGUGCGCUCUGCCCUGACUGACGCCGCUGGUGUUGCCUCUCUCCUCACCACUGCUGAGUCCGUCAUCACCGAGAUCCCCAAGGAGGAGCCAGCAGGAGGCAUGGGUGGUAUGGGUGGCAUGGGUGGUAUGGGAGGAAUGGGUGGCAUGGGAGGCAUGAUGUGAGAUAAUUAUAAUUAAGAUAGGCAAUGUAUGUUGUAUUUUUCAUGGGCGGGUUGGUGCAGCGGCUCUUAGUCUUCAUUUUUUGUGUCUUAUCUUGACUAUUAACAGGCUUUAGUGGAAGUUAUUGGGGGUUUCAAGGGUGCUUUCAUGUUUCUAUUGCUAAUUUAAGAAGGAUUCAGCAUCGUCACUGGAAAGAACCCACAAGAACCUGAGUAAUUGUAUCCGAGGCUUCUGAGAAUAGUCCUGGUGAGAGAACAACGCGCAAGAGAACAUGGGCCUUGUCUCUCUCUCUUCCAAUUCAAUGAGGGAGCACUUUCUUUAUUCCCUUCUUAUUUAACCAGCAGCUAAAAGUCUUGGGCAUUAUCAUGUUGGUGCAGGGUGAAGUGAAGGCAGUUCCAUUAUUCACCUUGAAGACUUAAUCAUUCCAGUGCUGCUCCACCAAGUGACAUCCAUUAUUUCAUCCUCAUACUCUCAUGACCGUGAAUGUGAACCGUGUAACCGAACUGAUGAUAGGUGUAAGUGUUCAAUGUACAAAGUGUAGAUAAUGCAAUGUAGAUAAUUUUGUUAUUCUGAAAAAAAGAAGUGUUUAUAAAAGCCAAUUAAAAUGAGUUUUUCAUCAAA